AUGGAUAUGAUGGCAGCAUUAAUGUCAAAGGAACUCUCUCAUUCCUUUUUUUACAUGCACAGUGCGAGAAAACAUAGUGAACAUCGUCUACAUAAGUGUGAAUCUUGUGGAAAAGAAUUUGUUAACAGAAGUGACUUGCUAAGGCACAUGAAAGUUCAUACUGGUGAAAGACCUCAUAAAUGUGAAACAUGUGGUAAAUGUUUUAGAAAUAAUUAUGAUUUAACAAGGCACACCCGAACACACACAGGUGACUGUCCCCACAAAUGUGGAAUAUGUGGGAAAGGUUAUAACAAUCAAAGUGAUUUACUGAAGCACUUAAAAGUUAAAGGAGGAGAAGAACGACCACAUAAAUGUGAAAUAUGUGGAAAAGGUUUUCCCAAUCGCAGUAGUCUUAUAAGACACUUGAAGCUCCAUACUGGAGAACGUACUCACAAAUGUGCAGUUUGUGGUAAGGGUUUUUAUAACCAUAGUGACCUCAUGAGACAUCUUAAAAAUCGUACAGGAGAUAGACCACACAAAUGUUUGGUGUGUGGUAAAGGGUUCACUAACAAAAGUGGUUUAAUUCGUCAUUUGCGAAUGCACACUGGAGAUCGUCCCCAUAAGUGUGACAUUUGUGGCAAGGACUUUGGUAGUCGCAGUGACCUUACAAGACACACUAGAAAGCAUACAGGAGAAAGGCCACAUAAAUGUGUGGUUUGUACAAAAACAUUCAUGACUCGCAGUGAUUUGAUUCGGCAUUUGAGAAUGCAUACAGGAGAAAGACCACAUAAAUGUGAGGCUUGCGGAAAAGACUUUAGAAAUCGAAGCGACUUGAAUAGACACUUAAAACUUCACACUGGUGAUCGCCCUCACAAGUGUGAUUUAUGUGACAAAUGUUUUAUUAAUCGAAGUGAUUUGAACAGACACUUACGUAUGCAUGUAAGUGGGCAUAUGAUGCAUGUAUGA